UUCGAACGCGCAACAAAGCAUCCUAUACCACCCAGCAACCAACCUGCUUGUCUCGCGCUUAUAUAAACACUUAAGACAAACAGAACAGAGGCACUCCCGGCCCAAACCCCGACCGGGGGAUGACUCUCAGUAGCUUAUCUAUCGUUUGUCCGCCCAAGCCUGCAGGCUGUGGCUGCCGGCAGCCUGCUACGCUCUCGGUGGUUCGGGGCGUUGUCCCUUUUGGCGCGAGCUCCGCCUUCGUUCAACGCCCGUCAGCGCUCAGAACAGCUCGUUAUCGAUGGGUGGGGUUGCAGAGCGCUGCGCGCGAGCCAGGUUCGCCAUCUUCUCCGUCGACGCGAGAGGAGAGCCCGUUGCCGGGCAGCCGCGUUCCGCAGCAGCCAGAGUCUCCCAACUCAGACGGUGACGGAUCGCAGCCUGGAACGAGCCCCAGUUCGUCGGUCGAUGGCACUCCAGCUACCUCCACACCAUCAGAGGCGCCAUCGACCUCCUCCUCGCCAGCGCCACGCGCGCCGCACCGCCACGCCGCUCAGCGCAAUGCGCAGCGCGGGCCGCUAGGAUGGCUCGUCAAGUUGCUGCAGCAGCCGCAGGCGCAGCUGCCCAUGCGCAUCGGCUUCAACGUGCUUGUGCUCUUCGCGCUGAUGCGGCUGUGGCCGUCCGGGGGUCGCGGCAUGGAUGGCGCGGAUGAGGCGAUCAUCAAAAUGCCCUACUCCGACUUCGUGAGGUGCGCCAAGGUGAACGAGGUGGAGAUGGUCACCGUGGACGACCUCAAGGUCUUCUUCAGCCUCAGGUCCACCUCGCCACUGCUGCAGCAGCGCAGACAGCAGGCAGCAGCAGCCGCAGCCGCGCUACAGCAGCAGCACGCAGCAGCAGCCAGCGGCGCAGCCGCCGGCGCCGCAGGCGCCGGCGCCGCAGGCGCCGGCGCAGCCGGCGCCACCGGCGGCUCCGCCGCCGCCGCCGCCGCGGCGGCAGCUGCGGCGGAGCAGCGCCGCGGCAGCGGCGCAGCCGCCAGCACCUCCGCCCCCUCCUCCAGUCCUCUUGCACCCCCCUCCGCACCGGCCGCCGCCUCCGCGGACGCCGCCGGGCAGCCGCGCGGCAGCAGCCACCCGCUGUACUUCUACACUGUACGGCCGGCCGACUACCCCAUGCCGUACGAGGCGCUGGAGAGCCACGCCGUGCCUGUGUCCGCCAUCGAGCACCGCGAGAACCGGCUGCUGACGGUGCUGGGCUACGUGCUGCUGGUGGCGGUGGUGCUCAGCACACUCAACCGCCUGCCCAACAAGCAGGAGGUCAAGGCGCCCGGGCGGCGGCACAAGCCCACCACGCCGUCCUUCUCGCCCUCUGGCGGCGGCGGCGAGGGCGGGGCCGUGUCCACCACCUUUGCGGACGUGGCGGGCGUGGACGAGGCCAAGGAGGAGCUGCAGGAGAUCGUGGAGUACCUGCGUGCGCCGGAGCGCUUCUCGCGACUGGGCGCUCGGCCGCCGGCGGGAGUGCUGCUGGUGGGCCCCCCCGGCACUGGCAAGACGCUGCUGGCCAAGGCGGUGGCGGGCGAGGCGGGCGUGCCGUUCUUUUCCAUCUCCGCCUCGGAGUUCGUGGAGCUGUAUGUGGGCAUGGGUGCCAUGAGGGUGCGCGAGCUGUUCGCAGCCGCGCGGCGUGAGGCGCCGGCCAUUGUGUUCAUCGAUGAGAUUGACGCGGUGGCCAAGGGCCGAGACAUGCGGCUGCGGUCCGUGGGCAACGACGAGCGCGAGCAGACGCUCAACCAGCUGCUCACGGAGCUGGACGGCUUUGAGAGCGGGCCAGACAAGGCCAGCAGCGGGGCGCAGGGUGGCAUGGCGGGCCUGCUGGGCGGCGGCGGCGGCGGCGACGGCGAGCGGCACCCGGCGCACGGCGUGGUGAUCUGCCUGGCCGCCACCAACCGGCCGGACGUGCUGGACCCGGCGCUGCUGCGGCCGGGGCGCUUCGACAGGCGCGUGGCGGUGGAGCGGCCGGACAAGGUGGGUCGCGAGCAGAUCCUGCGCGUGCACCUGCAGCGGCGCGGCCUGCCGCUGUGCGACGACGUGUCGGUGUCGGCACUGGCGGCGCUCACCACCGGCUUCACAGGCGCCGACCUGGCCAACCUGGUCAACGAGGCGGCGCUGCUGGGCGGGCGGCGCGGCAAGGUGGCUGUGGGGCGGGAGGAGUUUGACGCGGCGGUGAUGCGGGCCAUUGCCGGCAUCGAGAAGAAGAGGUCCAUAUUGCAGGGCACUGAGAAGGCGGUGGUGGCCCGGCACGAGGUGGGGCACGCGCUGGUGGGCGCGGCCGUGGCGCGGCUGCUGGAGGGCUUCGGCGAGCCCUCCCGCCUGUCCAUCAUCCCGCGCACCGGCGGGGCGCUGGGCUUCACAUACACACAGCCCAAGUCCGAGGACCGCGCGCUGCUGUUCGACAGCGAGAUCCGCGGCCAGCUGGCGGUGCUCAUGGGCGGCCGCGCGGCGGAGCACCUGUCCUGCGGCGCCGUGUCCACAGGCGCCAGCGACGACAUCCGCAGGGCCACAGACCUGGCCACACGUGCCGUCAGCGAGUUCGGGCUCAGCCGCGUGCUGGGCCCCAUCAACGUGGGCGUGCUCACCAGCGGCGGCGCGGACGGCGGCGACGGCCUGGGCGUGCUCAAGGACGGCGGCGACAUGGGGCGCCUGGUGGAGCGGGAGGUGCGGGAGCUGGUGGAGGGCGCGCUGACGUGCGCCAUGGACGUCAUCGCCACCAACCGCCCGCAGCACGACGGCCUGUCGGCGGAGCUGCUCAAGGACGAGCGCGUGGAGGGCGAGCCGCUGGCCGCCUGGUUCGGCGGCGUGCGCGUGCCGGACUCCCUUCGCGAGUUCGUGCUUGAGGGCCGGCUGCCCGACCGCGAGGCGCUCGGGUUGGGGCUGCUGGCGCCGAGCUCGUUGUUGGCGGAGGCGGGCUACGGCGCGGGUGGGCGGGCGGAUGGCGGGCUGUCGCUGAUCCGCGGGGGCAGGCGCGGCGUGGUGGAUGUGGAGGUGGAGCGCAGCGAGGGACCCGGCGCGGCGGCGAUGCUGCAGGCGUGGCAGGAGUGAGGAGUGCAGCGGGGUAUGCAGCGGAGGAUGGGAUGUGAAGUUGUGG